AAGAUGAUAAACUGAAAUUGGACUGGCCUAAAAGGCAAAAAAUAUGUAUUGGCAUUGCAAGAGGGCUAGCUUUCCUGCAUGAGGAAUCAACACUGAAAAUUGUUCACAGAGACAUCAAAAUGAGUAAUAUACUGCUAGAUAGAGACCUUAACCCUAAAAUCUCCGACUUUGGAUUGGCCAAGCUGGACGAAGAGGAGAAGACACAUAUUAGCAGCAGAGUAGCUGGAACUAUAGGAUACAUGGCGCCAGAAUAUGCUUUAUGGGGUUACUUAACUGAUAAAGUAGAUGUUUAUAGUUUUGGAGUUGUUGCGUUAGAGCUUGUAUCUGGCGAAAACAAUGUCAAAUUUCGGCCUAAUGAGAAUUAUGUUUGCCUUCUAGAUUAUGCCCUUGUUUUGCAACAAAAAGAAAAACUGAUGGAGCUAGUGGAUCCAAAGCUGGAAUCCAAGUUCAACAAGGAAGAGGCAAUGAGAAUGAUUAAAGUAGCUCUACUAUGCACCCAUCCAUCACCAGCAUUGAGACCUACAAUGUCUGCAGCACUAAGCAUGCUUGAAGGCCGAGCAGUUAUUCAUGAGUUAAAUACAAGUUCGAGUAUGUAUAGUGAUCAUGAGCUAGCGUUUGAGUCCUUCAGAGAUGAGUAUCAUGAUGUUAGUAUUCAACAGAGACUUCCGCCUCAAGGGCCAGAGGCCUCUUCCUCAAGGACUGUCCAUGAUAGCUAUACAUUUAACCUUGAUUGUCCAUAGUUUUUUGAUAUAUAUUAUAGAGCUCAGUAAAUUUUUUCCAAUGGUCUUGCACAUCACAACUUUAAUGUAUGUGUCUUUUCAAUCUAUGAUUGUAUAUGAACUCAGUAUCUCCAAUUCUCCACUGAUUACUUAACUGAAAAAGUUAGUUGGAAAUAUUUACAAGGCUUCU